UCUCUUCCACACGUCGCUCGCGUGAUCGUCAGUGCUACAUACUGCGCCUGCGCACGAGCCGAGGCCUUUUCCCCCAGCCGAGUGUUGCUGGGCCUGCUGGUCUGUGGCGAGGCGCGGACGCCGGUCUCUGAUCCGCAGGAUGGGGUUUGUGAAAGUUGUCAAGAAUAAGGCUUACUUCAAGAGAUACCAAGUGAAAUUUAGAAGACGUCGAGAGGGUAAAACUGAUUAUUAUGCCAGGAAACGCUUGGUAAUUCAAGAUAAAAAUAAGUACAACACACCUAAAUACAGGAUGAUCGUUCGUGUAACCAACAGAGAUAUCAUCUGUCAGAUUGCUUAUGCCCGCAUAGAAGGAGAUAUGAUAGUUUGUGCAGCUUAUGCUCAUGAACUCCCAAAGUAUGGUGUGAAAGUUGGCCUGACAAAUUAUGCUGCAGCAUAUUGUACCGGCCUGCUGCUGGCCCGCAGGCUCCUUAAUAGGUUUGGCAUGGACAAGAUCUAUGAAGGCCAAGUGGAAGUGACUGGAGAUGAGUACAAUGUGGAAAGCAUUGAUGGUCAACCUGGUGCCUUCACCUGCUAUUUGGAUGCAGGGCUUGCCAGAACUACUACUGGAAAUAAAGUUUUUGGGGCCCUCAAGGGAGCAGUGGAUGGAGGCUUGUCUAUCCCUCACAGUACCAAACGAUUCCCUGGUUACGAUUCAGAAAGCAAGGAAUUCAAUGCAGAAGUACAUCGAAAGCACAUCAUGGGUCAGAAUGUUGCAGAUUAUAUGCGUUACCUAAUGGAAGAAGACGAAGAUGCAUACAAGAAACAAUUCUCUCAAUACAUAAAGAACAACGUAACUCCAGACAUGAUGGAGGAGAUGUAUAAGAAAGCUCAUGCUGCUAUACGAGAGAACCCAGUCUAUGAGAAGAAGCCUAAGAAAGAAGUUAAAAAGAAGAGGUGGAAUCGUCCCAAAAUGUCUCUUGCUCAAAAGAAAGAUCGGGUAGCUCAGAAGAAGGCAAGCUUCCUUCGAGCUCAGGAGCGGGCUGCUGAGAGCUAAUAAACCAAACCACAAUUUUCUAUUAAGAUUUUUCAGAUAAAGACAAUAAUAAACUUAUUCAUCAAGCA